CGUGUGUCGCUAGGCUAAAGUCGAAAGCGAAAUGUCAACUGUCAACAGCGCUGCCUGCCGACUUUCAGCCUUCUAGAGCCUCCUGUAGAGUGUCAGCCGCUGUUCCCCUUUCCCUUCUCAUCUCGAAAACCUUUUCUCAGUAAUGUGAUCUACAGUACAAGGCCUUGCGUCUGGUGGUGCAGAAAUGGCAGAUGAUGUGGAUGCCAGCCCAGUCAAGGCAGGGCGAGGUGUAAACUCUGUGCAGCCGUGUGCCAGGCAGAAGUUCUGCAGCGGUAGCCACUCCCGAGAACUCCUGGAUGGGCUUCUGGCUCUGCGCGAAGGGGGUAUUCUUUUUGAUGUGGUGCUGCUGGUGGAGGGAAGACCCAUUCAAGCUCAUCGCAUCCUGCUUGCAGCUUCCUGUGGCUAUUUCAGAGGUAUGUUUGCUGGGGGAUUGCGAGAGAUGCAGCAGACUGAGAUCACUAUUCAUGGAGUCACACACACUGCCAUGACCAAACUUCUGGACUUCAUUUACACAUCUGAGCUGGAGCUGGAUUUGGAAACAGUGCAGGAGGUCCUGUGUGCUGCUACGCUUCUGCAGGUCCGAGAUGUGAUUGGCUUCUGCUGUGAGUUCCUCUUCUCCUGGCUAGACGAUGACAACAUCCUGGAGGUGGAAAAGCUUGCCGACAUCUAUGGCUUAGACCAGCUAGGGGAGAAGGUGCGCUCAUAUCUUCUGAAAAACAUCCAGACUUUCUCUCGCACAUCUGCUUACCGCCAGCUUCCUGCCGAGAAGGUUCUUCGAGUGCUGUCCAGCGAUGAGCUCCAGGUGAGCUCAGAGUAUGAGGUGUUUGAAGCAGCACUGCACUACCACUUCAGUCCUGAGGAGGUGGAUUUGGAUCAGGGGAGCCUUCAGGUGGGAGGAACCAAGGCAGACGUGUUUCUCGAGGAACCUUUGAUGAUGUUGGAAGCAGUGCGUUUCUGUCUGAUGGAGAAAUCCCUUCUGCAGCGUCUCCACAACCGUCUGAAGCCCUGUCCUCUGCGGGAUUCUGUCUCAGCAGCACUUCGCUAUCACAGUCAGGAGCUGUGGCAGCCGGUCAUGCAGAGUUCUCUCACUCAGCCUCGCUCCAGCUCCCUGUGCAUUCUGGGAUUUGGAGGCAUGUAUUCAUCGGGCCCUCCAGCCGAGAACGAGGAGCGCAUUCAAGCGUUCCAUCCGUCCUGGGGAGAGUGGCGCAGCCUUGGGGCAGAGCGUGCUCCUCGCAUGUCCAACAUGGGCAUUGCAGUCUUAAAUAACUUCAUUUACCUGAUUGGAGGAGACAAAAACAGCAGUGGCUUUCGGGCCGAGUCCCGUUGCUGGAGAUUUGAUCCUCGCCACAAUUCCUGGUGUAAUAUUGAAUCCCUACGGCAGCAGCACGCAGACCAUUGCGUGUGCGUGGUAGGCGACUACAUCUACGCCAUCGGAGGACGUGACUACAGCAAUGAGUUGGACUGUGUUGAGCGCUAUGAUCCUCGAACAAACAUCUGGGAAUACGUGGCUCCACUCAAACGAGAGGUGUACGCCCAUUCUGGAGCAGUGGUGGACGGAAAGAUCUACAUUGCAUGUGGUCGUCGAGAAAUGGCGUAUCUGAAGGAGACUUACUGCUACGAUCCUCAGGAUAACUGGUGGAGUGUGUGUUCUGAUGGCCCGGUGGAGCGAGCCUGGCAUGGGAUGGCGGCAGUGAACGGUCGUGCUUAUGUGAUCGGAGGCAGCAACGAUGGCUGCGGAUACAGACGAGAUGUCCUCAGGGUGGCGUGUUAUAACCCAACAGCAGACGUAUGGUCAGUGGUGUGUCCGCUGCCGGCCGGCCACGGAGAGCCAGGCAUGGCCGUUCUGGACCGCCGGAUCUACAUCCUCGGCGGGAGGUCACAUGAUAAAGGCAGCCGCAUGAAGUAUGUGCACAUCUAUGACCCCGAGGAGGACCACUGGCAGAGUGGCACGUCUCUGGACGAACGCGUGUCCGGCCUGUCGGCCUGCGUGGCCCUAGUGCCCAGAUACACCCUGGCUCAGGCCCAGAGCUGGGAGCAGAGAGCCAAAGCGUCUUGGGAGGAAGUGGACUGGGACGAUUCAGACAACUCCAGCGAUGACGGCUGACAGGAUGCGCACCAGUCGGCGAAGGGGGGGGAUUAUAAAAUCGGUACAUUCAUAAAUUCACAGCAAUUCUCAGCAAGUUUCUACAGUCUGGUAAGAGUUACCCAAAUCUCAGUGCAAUGCAGUGUCUGAUAGAGUGUCUGAUAGAUUACAUGCAUUGUUGAUGUCAAAAGUCUGACAUAUUCUUUGGCCAGAUCAGGUAAGAACUGAUUUAUUUGAUGUAAUGACUGUACUAUUUAUUAUGUCUGAUAUUUGGAACAAAUGCCCUUAAUAUUUGCUCUUAAUUUGUAAUGUGUUAUAAAAAUGUAUUUGUUUGGGAACCGACAUGUUGUGAGAAGAGCUGCAUUUUUUUUGCGGACAUGGAAAUGGGCCUUCUAGUUUACUGUUUUUUGUUUAUAU